AGUGAUAAACAUGUCAGGCUUGAUUUUUCUUUUUCCUCUUUAGCUUAUUUAAUGUGGUAAUAUGGCCUGCCUUUAAAGGGGAAGUUGGGGGUAUAUAUAUAUAUUUUAGUGUGAAACUAGAUGUUCUAAGUGAUUAUUGUGAAAUUGUGUUUGUUACUUUAGAAAAGGAAAAUGACUUUUCAUUUAGCAGAUUCCUGGGCAGAUUCAGUAUUUAUGAAUUACGUGCUUUUGCUUAAUCCAAUGAAUAGGUACUAAAUGUUUCAUACUGAUAUCUGGAAUUUAUGCACGUGUAAUUUGGUGAUUCCAUUCUUCUGGUAGGAAUUAGGAGUGGUAGUUUUUAUAACAGUACAUUAGCUGCGUUUGUAAAUUAAUAAAAAUGGCUUUUGAGAAAUUGGCAUAGUUUAAAUUCUUUUUCCUAGAUUUCCCCCUAGAUUUUCUAGACUUCUCAGAUUAUUUUUCCAGAGGUUUCUGGAUUGCAAGAAUCUUUUGGUCAGAGUAAGUUAAGAACAGUGUUAAACACUGUAAAUCUACUCCAUUAAUAGUUUAAUCAUCUCUGUGUUGGCCACAGUGUUAUUUACUUAACAUGAAAGAACUACUGGAUAUAGUUUUAAAUAUUUUUCUUACGUUAUGUAGGUCAUAAACUUUCCAAGGCUCCUUUCACAAAAUGGUUUUUAAAAACUUUUUUUGCAUAUAGUCCAUGUUUUCGAUGCAUUUAUGAUCUUUUUAAUUUUGCUACCACCAUAUAAUUUCUCUUAUUUUUGUUUACUAUUUGUUCAUAAGCUGUGUGUUGCUUCCUGAAUCUUAAAAUUUGAAGUUUCUUCUGAGUCGGUGCUUCGAUGUGGAAUUCUUUCGUAACUUCAGGAAGUUAUUAUAGAACAAUUACCAUUAGUGACCUCUAAGUGAAUGCUGCACACUUAAUGAAUUAUUUUAUAGACAGCCCGAAAAGAGCUAAGCUGAUCCAAAAGAAUAAUUGUAAAAUAUCAGCGACUUAAAGGUGAAUAUACAAAUAAAAUAAAAUAAUUAUUUUCCUAAUUCUUUCCCCUCCCUCCCAGACCUAAACUAAUCUUAAAGAAUCUGUUACUGCUUUUACUUUGCCUUUCAUAUACAAGUCUUCAGAGGGCAGACAUGACAGUUCCCCUGGUGUGUGUGUGACUGUCACUUUGAGUCUGUCUGUCCUUCAGUCUGCCUUAUUGCAGAGAGUGGCUGAUGGAGAGAUGGCUGGGGCUGCAGGACUGGGGCGGCCUUCGUAGCUCUCCAUUUCCUGGCUGCCCGCCCUCUGUAUCAGAUGAUAGCAGCUUGUUGAGGUGGUCUUGACACUUUAAGGGACCAGUAUUUGAAUAAAGACCCUAAUUUUAUUAUUGCUGUGUUGAUACUGAUCAUGUAUAAUCAGAUCAUCUUUAUGUUAUUAGUUAAAUGUUUGUAAGGAUGAUUUGUCCUAGAGUUUGGAAGCAGUGUCUUAAAAGGUUAAGUAAAUGUAUAUUAUUAAAGUCUUGGAUAUGUAAAAGCAAGAUCAGGCUCUUUUUUGUCUGGGAGUGUAUGCUAUUAGUAAAGAAUAGGUGAUAAAAAGUUACCUGCUCUGUGUUCGUGUAUCUGCCUACUGUCCUUUAUCUGAUAAACGUCAACAGGGUGGAACGAGAGGGAUAUAUAGAAAUAUUCAAGGUGGUUUGGUCCAGCAUAGAAAUCCAAAAAAGAAGCUAAGGCUUAAGCCAGCGUCAGAGAAGUCCUAGGGAUUUUAAGAUAUUUUUUUUAGUGUUUACCUUUGGAAAUCCAGAGGCACUUAAUUGUUUACCAUUUUAAAAAAUUUUGAAAGAAUUGUCAUGUUUUAGUGGUAUGUGUGGAAAGAUUCCUCUCUGCCUCUACACUUAUAGAAUUGCUAGUUCAAGUUCUCACAUUUGAUAAAACUUUGACCUUGAGGUAUCUGUAUUGGUUAAGCAGGUCUGUAAAAACAGUGCUGUGAAGUCGGUCCGAGUGUGAAAGGCAGGGAGAAUGGCCCUGACGCAGGAAGUUACUUCAGUAACUACUUCUAGAGUGUUAGUGUCCACAGUUCAGAGGUGCUUAACUAAGGCGCUAUUUGGGGAUGUGUGUAGAUAUUUUUGAUUGCCAAUACCAGUGAAGGUACUAGUGGUCUUGCACCAAGGCAGUGCUCAGUGGCCUUAAAGGAAGGGACAGUCUCCCCUACAAGAGUUGCCCGUCCCAAAAUGCAGUGGUUCUCAGAGUCUCAAUUCUUUUGUUGUAGCAUCCCUUGUUUUUAGUGUAGAUUAAUAAAAAAUUUAACUUAAAAAUAUCAUUUCAGAAGUCAUUGUUGGAUUUGCAGUGCUUAUUAUAUUGUAAAAUAUUUUAGAUAUAUAAUUUGACAAUGUUGUGAGUCAAGAGAGAGAGAGAAAAAAAUGAGGAUGUGGUUUUUUAGCCAUUAGGAUUAGAAGUGAUUGACAGGAGAGUCCGAGCAUGUAGGCAUGUAGUAAACUCUUUAAAAAAAGAUGUUAAGAUCCUUCUUUCUCUGGAAAGAAAUGAUUAUUACAUUCCUGUUUGGACAAAGAGGGAACAGACAGUAUAGAAAGUCAGAAGAUUACUAAUCAUAUAACAAUCUGAAUUAUAUUGUAAAUAUUUUUAUUUAGAAAAAGUUGAGGUUCAUUGAGAUUAGUAAAAGAAUAAAAUGUUUUAAGUGCAGUGGCCUUGUAUUUGCAGGUUCUGCACCUGCAGAUUCAACCAACUAAGGAUUGAAAAUAUUUCGGGGAGAAAAAUUAGGUUGUUGCUGAUGUAUACUAUGGGGUUAGACCUGCGAUGAUUGUGUCUGUACUGAAUGUUUACAGACUUUUUUCCUUGUCAUUAUACUCCAACUAACACACUGCAACGGCUACAGGGUGUCCCCUCAGAAAUGUAUACACACUGUACAGUUGAUAGCUCUAUUUUGAAAAUGAAAUGUAUCUUAAUAAACACUGCCUUUAUAAUUAUUCAAAGUGUGUGUAUACACUUUUUUGGGACACCUUAUAUUUACACGGCAUUUAAAUUGUAUCAGGUAUUAUGGGUAAUCUAGAGGAGAUUUAAUGUGUCUGGGAGGGUGUGCCUGUGCAAGUUCUAUGCAAAUAGACCAUUUUAUUUAAGGUGCUUGAGCAUCCGAGGAGUUUGUCAUCUGUGGUCCUGGAACCAAUUCCCCAAGAUACUGAGGGGCUACUGUACUUUAGUAUUUUAGUUACGUGGUUUCAGAUGUCAGGGUAUCUCAGUUGUUUGAAUUGUCCUGUGAGCUAGCAGCUGCAGAAGGGGAGGAAAAGGAAGGGAGAAAAGUGUUAUUUUAAAAGAGAGGAAAAAGCAAAUGAAAAGCACAUGAAAAGAAGGAGGCAGCACCUCAGAAAACGGCAGAUCCAUUCUCCAUGUCCUUAGGGUGAAGACCCUGGUGUCGUCCCUGACGUCCUCUCUUUCAUACCUGGCAUCAUAUCUGGCAUCAAAUCUUAGGGCCCUAUUUUUAAAAUAGACCCAGGACCCAGUUCUCACAUUUUUGCUACUACCUGGGUCAAGCCACUAUCAUCUCUUGCCUAGAUUGGGGCAUUAGCCUCCUAAGAGGUCUGCUUGCCUCCACACUCUGCAAAUUAUUCCACCUGGUAUUUCAGGUACCCACCUGGCACCAUACAUAGUUACUACAAUAUCAUUACCCAUGUUCCCUAUGCUGUGCAUCCCUGUGACUGCUUUGUAACUACCAAUUUGUAGUUUUUAGUCUCUAAGCCUAAGUCACAUUUGGUCACUUCUGCCAUCUUUAGCCUCCCAGUGCUUUCCAUCUCUGGGUGGAAAAGCUAUAGCCAUUCUGGUGAGCAGUGCUUACCUUGCAAAGCAUUGUGGCUCUUUCCAAAGAUCUUUCAUUAAAACAUUUGCAUUUUACUAUAGGAUUUUUUUGCUCCGUUCCUCAAAGAGAACACCCCGUCGCCAAAGUUCGUAAAUCCACCUAUAAAAGCUUAGUGAGAGGGCAAGUGAAAACCCUGACGUUCUUUUCACUAUAGGGUCCUACGGUGUCUCAAGAUUUCUCCUGGUGGAGCCGCGUGUUAGGAGCCGUUUGUGGUGGAGGAGGUCAGGCUGCACGCCCCUGGCCACUGAUCUCAGGACUCUCAGACACCUUGAAAGGAUCAGUUAUAUUCAGUAUAGGGUGUCUUGAAGAGGCACGUGUGUAUGAGAAAGAAGCUCAGUAUUAGAUUUGAAAGGAAUGGGCCUCAUGGGUUGACCUCCAGUUAUCUGAAUUUGUAUCCACUGGGUAUUUAUUUACUACAAGUUCAUAUCGGUUUGGCUGGACUGAGCCCUCUAACAAGAUGCAAGUUUUAGAAUGCAUUUCCUGUGCCAAGUCUGAAUAAAAGCUAGUUCAGAUGACCAGGCCCCAACUUAAAUAUAGUGCCUUUGCUUGUUGAAGGUGAUCAGGUGAGUGUGGUUAAAUAGCUCAAGGAAAAAACGCCGAACUGUCCUCACUAAUGAAGGGAGGAUAAAAUAGCAAAGCGCAAUUCUUCAUGACAGUGGGCAAGCAGUGUUUUCUUCUAGUACGAAUAAUGGCAUUGAGUUACCUGUUCCUUGGUUUAUUAGCUGUUAGAGCAUAAAGUUCCAAGGUGAGCAGUGUCUUGGGAACCUAGGAGGGAGAGAGACUCUAAGUCAGUUAAUGAAGGAGGAGAAUUAGGCUUGAUGGUGUGUGUAUGUAUACGUGCUGAAAACCCAGAAUGUCACAGUGGAAGUGCUGCUUAAAUGGCCUGAUUUUCGUUUACAAUGAAAGACUGCAGUCCACUCCCAGAUGUAUGUUGCAGAGAGCACCGUCUUCAAAGAUCAUUAUUUAGAACAAGGCUCAUGUAAUCAAAGAAGUUUUUGUUGUGUGUAUCUUUUCAGAACACAACAGGAAUUGAAAAUGAAUCAGAACGCUCCUGAGCCUGUGGCAGCCGCUGAGACCCUGGCCGAGGUGCCUGAACACGUGCUUCGAGGACUUCCCGAGGAAGUGAGGCUUUUCCCAUCUGCUGUUGACAAGACUCGGAUUGGUGUCUGGGCCACUAAACCAAUUUUAAAAGGCAAAAAGUUUGGACCAUUUGUUGGUGAUAAGAAAAAAAGAUCUCAGGUUAAGAAUAAUGUGUACAUGUGGGAGGUGUAUUACCCGAAUUUGGGAUGGAUGUGCAUUGACGCCACUGAUCCAGAGAAGGGGAACUGGCUUCGAUAUGUGAAUUGGGCUUGCUCAGGAGAAGAGCAAAAUUUAUUUCCACUGGAAAUCAACAGGGCUAUUUACUAUAAAACUUUAAAGGCACAUCUGCACUCGUCAUGCAUGGACAUGUUCCCAAAGGCGGAGUCUCAAGGCUCUAAAGAUAGAUGACUGUUGCUCUGUGGAAUAGAUAUGUUUGCUAAAAAUGCUGUAAGGCCAAUUUCUCCUUAUUCACGGAUUCCAUUAAAAAUGUCAUUUUUUUACCCUCACCCGAGGAUAUUUUUCUAUUGCUUUUCAGAG